AUGAGAUAUCUUAAUUCUUUUGAAAUUACAGUAAAUGGAAAACGUUCUUUCAUUCAAUUAAAUAAAAGAAUUCCUCAUUGUCUUGGUAAUAAUAUUUUUGCUAUAAGUUACUGUAAUUCAAAGCCAUCAAAAAUAAUUACUAUUACAACAUCAAAUAUUAUUUAUAAUGACUCUUUAUUUACUAUUAAAAUGAAUUUCUUAUCUAUUGAACUAAAAACGUAUAGUUCUAUUAUUUCAAAUAAUUUUAUUACUCCAUUUGAUACUUUUAGUCUUUCAACAUUACGCUGUUGUUAUUCUUAUUUUGUUACAGAACAAUUAUCUAAAUGUCCAGUAAUAUAUAAAUUAUUAUCCAUUCUUAUUAUAAAUAAUUUACCAAUAGAUAUUAUUAUCUCUUUUUCAAAUUAUCAUAUAACAAUACCACCUUCUCAACAAAAAUCAAUUCCAUUUAAUGACUUAAAUAUGACUUUAUUUAAAACAAUUCUUUCUGAUGAAGUAACUGUUAAAAUUAAAGCAGAAAAUGAAGAAAUUAUUAGAAUUAGAUCAAAAAAAAACUCAUGUAUUCCAAUUCAUAUUCAAUAA